UGUUAGUUGUUGUUGUUACCACGAGUCACGACAAAUUAUAUAGGUAUGUCAGCAAUAUUUCAUUCUGAUGAUUUUUCUGCGCAAAUGUGGCGAAUGGCUUGCUCCACUUCUCAUUGGUCGAGAAUUGAUCACAUGACUUAUAAAUGUGCUGACAAUGAGAAGGCCGGUAACCAUUUUAUGCUCAUUACAAAUUUACUGACAUACCUGACACCCCUGUAAUUUGUAUUUUUUGUCAUACAAUGAUUAACAGUUUCCUGUUGAACUUAGUUUAUACUGUUUAUUAAUCUUUUUAGUUUUAUUAUGCAGUUGUGGAACCACGGAAUACAGACCUGAGACGUUAAAUCUUGCAACAUUAUCGUUUACAAUUGCAUUGGUCACCGUUAGUCACUCUAGACUCAACGUGCAAUCAGUUUGAAUCGUUCACGAUGGCCGGCGACAAUGACGGAAUCCCAGAAAGUGUAAUUGGCAUACUCAAGACGGCGUCGGAAGAAAUUCUGAAGAAACAGGACGGAUACUGUUUUACGGUGGAUAACAAACCCAACGACAACGUUGAAGAAACGUUUUCUUAUAAUGGCCCCGAGGUGGCUGAGUUUAUUAAUUAUGAUAUGUUAGGAGAAGAAGGUGACAAUCUAGAGUCUUUUAACCAUCUCAUUACUGAUACAAACCACAAAGAUCUUACUGGCGAUCGCAAGGUGUUAAAAAUAUUACUGAAUUCGGGAAUUGGUCAAGUUGUACCAGAAAACUAUGUGGUUUUGAUACAUUAUAUUGCUUAUAUAUCAAACCUUCAAGAACCAUUUGAUGUAACAUAUCUUCAAGGCAGAAGACCUAAACGUUUUACAUUGGGUAAUGGUGAACUCAUACCAGGAUUAGAGAUUGGUAUAAAAACGAUGACUACUGGUGAAAACGCAAGGUUUAUAAUAAAGCCAGAAUUGGCGUACAGAGAAUUGGGUUGCCCACCUCGCAUACCCCCAAACGCAACUGUUCUGUUUGAUGUCCAUCUUGUUUCUUUUUUAUCACCUGAAAGUAUCAUAACCUUUGAUAGAGAAAACCGUGAUCCUGAUGCAUUUAAUAAAAAUAUUGUACAAGUUCAAAAAUUGCGUCUUGAAGGUAAUGAACAAUUUAACCUUAAAAAUAUAGAAAAAGCCGUAUUUAAAUAUAAUCGGGCAUUAGAACUACUGCAUAUAGUUGGAUGCAAAAAUAACAAUGAAGAAAUAGAAAUGAUGAAAUAUUUGAAUAAGAUCUACACAAAUUUAAGCGUGUGCUAUUUAAAACAAUGUGCAUUUAAUAAAGUAUGUCGUAUGGGCAUAGAGGCAUUGAAAUAUUCAGAAAGAUUUUCCAAAUACUCAGCAAAAUUAUUUUUCAAUUGGGGAAAAGCAUUACGCCUUUUAAAAGAUUUUACAGAAGCGAAGAAAAAGCUUGAUAUCGCAUCGAAACUUGAACAUCAAAAUGAAACAAUAGCACGUGAGAUUUAUAAAUUACAAAAAGAUAAAGAAUUUCAUCGUAAUAUUGAAUCAAUUACAUUAAAAGAUAACAACAAUGCUGAUGACAAUGAACGUUUGGCUCCAGAAUUUUGGGAAGUAUUCAAUACACAUUUAAUCGAGUUUUAUACUGGUAAUGAUGAUGUAUUGACUGUUAUGUUGAACAAAAACCCUGAUGAUAUUGAGGUAGUUAAAAACAAGGCAAGUGUUUAUGACCUCCAAGUUCACGUAAUCACAAAAGCUGGUGUUCCAACAAAUUGUAUUGCGAUCAAAAAAUAACUUAUAGUUAAAAUAAGACAAGUUAAGAUUGUUACAUUUUAUUAGUUUUUUUUAUUUCUUAUUUAAGUUUCUAUAAUUUAAUUUCUAAAUUAACUGCUAAAGUAUGUUUGUUUCAUUUGAUUUCAACUAAGUAUUUUGAAUCUAUACACUAGUUAAACUUUAUUUAAAAUUUUAAAGCAAUAAAUCUAAAUAACUUGGUUAAUUUUGAAUAAUUUAAGUCAAAUACCUGGUAAAUAGUAUUAGUACCGGGCUAAUGUGCUACAUGAACUGAGUUAUCAAUAAUAAAAACUUUUAUGCAAAUUUGUAUUAAUCCUUACAUGUAAAAAGUUGUCAAAAUAGUAAUUUAUGUUGUAAAAGCAUCAUCUGUCAUAUUUGAUUAUCAGGGUAAAGAUAUCAUAACUAUAAUAUAAUUGUAUAUUAAUUUUUGCUAUACAAAUUCUUUUAUAUUAUUAUUUUAGAAGAAAAAACCAAACAUAUCAAUCAACACUACAUUUACAAUUAAACAAGUAUAACGUCAGGGCGAUAGCUCUCAACAAGUUCCAUAAUUUCUGACCGUUAAUACCUUAAAUUAACAUUUGACUGCCAACUUUCUUGGGCUCACCAUGUUAAAACCAUACACUACAACUUAGCUUGAAAUACUACUAACUAAAAAAAUAUGUAAUAAUAUUAAUAUCAUAAAUAUUAAACUACCAAGCUUUAACAACCUAUCAAUGUAUAAAACCAUUCUUGUCCUACGUUUACAUGUCAUUUUACAAGGUAAUUCCAAAAUCUCCAUACUGAUUCUCAUUUAAAAACUGUUCAGAAAGAAGAAACAUUUCUGAGGUUCCAUGCUCACCUUCACACUGGCUCACACUAAACUUCAUCCCUUAUUCCUUGACUCAAUCAAAGUAUUUCCUAGUAAUCCUCCAAAGACG